AUGCCUUUUCGACUGACAUUUGGUCACGAUGCCAUAUUGCCAGUAGAGAUCUACUUACAGUCUGUCAGAGUCCAACGUCAAAACGAACUUCAGUCAGAACAGUACUGGAACAUGAUGUUCGACAAAUUGGCUGAUUUAGACAAAGGAUUGGUCGCGACCGAAAUGCUGAUCCGACAGAAGGAGCGCGUAGCCAAGGUAUACGAUAGAAAGGUAAGGGAAAAAACCUUUGCUGAUAAUGAUUACGUCUGGAAAGUAAUCUUGCCUAUGGAUCAUCGAGAUCGAACCCUAGGUAAAUGGUCUCCAAAGUGGGAAGGACCAUUCCAGGUAACUCGAAAAUACAGUAACAAUGCAUAUGAGAUCGAAGAACUUGAUGGGGGUCAAAGGGUCUUAAGGGUAAAUGGGAAAUACUUGAAGAAAUAUAAACCUAUGCUACCAGAGAUCCAGAUCCAAGCAUAA